AGGCCGAGAGUUGGUCUCGCGCCUGGGCCACGCCCCUUUCGCGCCCCCUCGUCCAAUGGGCGCCAAGGAAAGGGGGCCCUCGCUGGCUUGCUCUGCUCUCUCUCUCGCGCGCGGGGGCUGCUGGGAAGCAGCAGAGUUGAGAGGGACAAGCGAGCAAAGAAGGAAGCCGCUGAGGGCCUUUUUGCCUCAGAGGCCGUUCUCCUUCAUUGUUGCGUCGCUCGCUCCGAAAGCAUGUCUCACAAACAGAUCUAUUAUUCGGACAAGUACGACGACGAAGAGUACGAAUACCGGCAUGUCAUGCUGCCAAAGGACAUUGCGAAGCUGGUGCCCAAGACCCAUUUGAUGUCUGAGUCAGAGUGGCGGAACCUGGGAGUUCAGCAGAGCCAGGGUUGGGUUCACUACAUGAUCCAUGAACCAGAGCCUCAUAUCCUGCUUUUCCGAAGGCCGUUACCAAAGAAACCAGAAAAAUGACGGAUGUAGACUCUCUUUCCUGCAUUUCAGAUACAAGCACCUUUUUAAAAAAGCGACAACUGCGUUCUUAUUUUUUGUAAAAGUUUGAAAAACAUUUUUCAUAUGUCAAGAAACGCCACUCAGCCUAAACAAGACGCCACAGAUGCAAGACAAGAAAGGAGGCCUCGGCUGCAGAGAGAUUUCGUACGGGAAAGGACUUGGUUUAAGCUGCCGAGACAUUCGGUUUUAGACUGGUUGGAGUUCCUUGCUUUCUCCACAUAGCAGGGCUAGUUUGGUCCUUUUUUAAAAACCUUGGACAAAGCACCGUGUUUCUCAGCUUGGGUGUUUGUUAAAGGAUGUUUUCAUAUGUAUUUCAGGUUAUUCUUCUGAAUUUUUAAAAAAGUUGUUCUAGAAAUGACUGUUCUUAAGGCUCUGUCAAUAAAGCUCAGAGAUUUGA